UUUUUGAAAAUUUUUUUGCCCGCAAUCGCAACCGUAGAACAGUGAUAAAACCCCAUGAGCUUCAACGGUCAUUCCCUCCUCGCUCCUCCUCCGGUUUUCCUCAAAAACCCUUCCAAUUUCUUCGAUCUAGAUCCAGAUCGCAAUGGCAAUUGCUUCCCCUUGUUUUCUUGAAUCUGAAGAUCGGCAUCAGGUUUACAGCAGGAAACAGAAGUCUUUGGGGCUCUUGUGUUCUAAUUUUGUGAGCUUGUAUAAUCGGGAUGAUGUGGAAUCGAUCAGUCUUGAUGAUGCUGCGAAGCAGUUGGGCGUGGAGAGGCGAAGGAUCUAUGAUAUUGUCAAUGUUAUGGAGAGCGUUGGGGUUUUGACGAGGAAGGCAAAGAAUCGUUAUUCGUGGAUUGGGUUUUCAGGCAUACCGAAAGCUUUGGAGGAUCUUAAGAAAGAGGCAUUGCGAGAUUUGUCCCGAUAUCCUGGUGAUGAUCAGUGUUCACAAGUCUCUGAAGAAGAGGAGAACGACAGGUCUAUGGAUCAUGAAGAGGGUAUCAGGGAAGACAAAUCUAGCAGUGGCUCCCACAAAAAUGUGAGAUCUGACAACAGGAAAGAAAAGUCAUUAGGCCAACUCACUCAGAAUUUUGUCAAGCUAUUCCUCACAUCCAAUGCUGACACUGUCUCGCUUGAUGAGGCUGCACGGUUGCUACUUGGUGAUUGCAAUGAUGCGACACAGAUGAAGACCAAAGUUCGGCGUCUGUAUGACAUAGCCAAUGUUUUGUCUUCUAUGAAUCUCAUAGAGAAGACACAACAAGUGGUGACAAAGAAACCAGCCUUUCGAUGGUUGGGAAAUCAAGGGAAGCCAGACAUGGGUGUUACAGUUGCCAUACCUCCCUGCACAUCACAGAUAAAGAAGAGAACCUUUGGUUCAGAGAUCACUAAUUUGGACUUCAAGAGGAGCAGAUCAGUCUCUUAUGUGGAUAAGAAACCUGACAACCUGCAAAUGAGAAAAGAGGACUUGAAGGCUUGCAAUUUGGCAGCUCAGAAGCAAUUGCAGACUUCAAAAGGUUAUGUUUUUGGCCCUUUCCAGCCUGGUGGUGUAACAAGAGAAGGUGGCAAUGAGUCUGAUAUGGGCAGGAGCAAGGUUCAGGACUGGGAGAGUUUGGCUUCUUCUUUUCGCCCACAGUAUCACAAUCAAGCUUUGAGUGAUCUCUUUGCCCACUAUUUGGAGGCAUGGAAAUCCUGGUUUGCUGAAGUUACUCAAGGGAGUAGCAGCAGCCUGCAGCAGCCUUACAAGUCAAUCAUCAACCAGCUUUCUUAAGAGUUUCUAAUCUCUUGUUGUAUACCAUUCCAUCUUGACUGCAUAUUCAUGAUAAUUCACCUGUACAACAAGCUCAUGAACAUUUUAUUGUUAAAGGUGUUUUUGUUUUUUUAAAAGUAUUUUUGAUUGGGAUUCUUGUUAUUAUCUCAAUACAAGAAACCUCAUUUUGUUAACAUGACUACAUACACUGGUCUUUUGUUUUCUGAUGACCAAUGUUGCUGUUGAACGCCCGGCAUCUGCUGAAAGAUAUGCAAAUGGACAUCGAAAUACAUGCAAUAUCAAGGUUACAACACAAUUUUGUAUUGAGGUUUUUA